AGUUUGCUGUUCGCCAGCGGUUGGUACAGUCUGGUACCGUGGGAGUUACUUUAACAAACUACGAUUAAAUUUUUUAAGAUUCUAUUGUGUGGUGAAACUUUUAUUUUUGUCCGAUUCGUGAAAUACGUCAUCAUGGCAUCGGCAUCGGAGACGAUUAGUACCCCGAAGAUGAUUGUGCCGUACGAGUGGAUUCUGGCAAAUGUCGAGGAAGAACCAAUGACGAUCGCUUCGAAAAUGAUUUCGUUUCGUGGCCAAAAAGUUUUCCGAGUGGGUUUGAAGAAUCACGCCAUAUCGCCCAUUUUAUUUUUCAUGGCAGCUGAUCUUGGUAAAAUGGGAAUGAAAGUGGAAGAUGUACUGUGGGGAAUUCAAGAUGGUGGACUCGGCCCAGCAAAGAUGACGAGAAUGACAAAUGAGAUUAUCGGCGAUGAAGGAAAUCUUCAGUUAUUCACCAUUAAUCUUGCCAAAAAGGUUAUUGGAAACUGCACGUUUUCGUUUCGAAUUUGCAUUGAAGGGGCUGAUCCCGGCUAUUCCUAUCAACUGUGCGAUCGUCUGGCCAAGGAUCAAUUAUGGGCAGCCAAGGAAGAACUAAAUUUGGCGGAUGUUGAUUUUGUCGUGAAAGAUACAACAUUUCCUGCACACAAAGCCAUUCUUGCUGCCCGCAGUGAAGUGUUUGCAAGCGAAUUUGAGAAGAAACCACUAGACUUUCCUCGGUUCCGAAUGGAUGAUAUGGAACCUUCAACUGUGGAGAAUUUUCUUCACUUCAUCUACACGGGAGAGCCGAUGGGAACGUUGGCAGAUGAAGAUUUGCAGGAAUUAGCUGAUAGGUACGGACUGACAACUCUGACUGGUUUAUGCAAAGUCGCAUUGAUGAAAAAUGACGUCAUGCAAAUGGAAAAAGUCAGGAAAAGUUUAAACAGCAACGCCGAAGAACUUUCUUCUUCCAAAAUCAUGCCGGAGAAAGAAACGGAAAUAUUUUUUGAUCGGACGACGCCUACCUUUCGAUGCCCUUGGCUAUUGAAAAAAUGUGAACAGGGCCAAACUACAUGUGUGAUGCAGUAUCAAAAUGAAGAUAUUUGUGUUGCUUACUACACCGGAGUAGUAAAAAGGAAUGGAAACUAUUAUUACAUUUGGAAACCUGUGAUUCAUUUAUCAUGCGCUAAGCAUCGAAGGUUCGGCUUGAAAGUUGAAGAUAUUUAUUGCUGCCACCAGGGAUACAACCAGUUGCUCCAAAUGGAACCAAAAAAUAGUCGGAAAAACGCAGAACUACUUCACUUCGCAGCACAAACAGAUUUGGAUUUAUAUUUAGAUCAGGUUUCCAACCCAGUCUCGUUUUACUUCAAAUUCAUCAGCACGAUGGGCAAUUAUUAUUACGAGAUGACGGACGACUCUUGGUCGACGGACUUCUGGGUCGCCGCAACAAACCAGAAGUUGACGGAUGUCGAAAUAUUUGUCGGAACUGUCAAAGUGAUGGAAGCCCACCAAGUUAUUCUACGCGCACGUAGUCCUGUCCUGAAUGAAUCGUUGAACAAGAUUGGCAACACAGCAGCAAAAUCAAUCGUCACAUUUGGAGCAAAAUUCGAUGUCGAAGUUGUGAAGCAUUUCUUAAAUUUCCUGUACACCGGCUGUUUAAAGACUAGUGACAGAAGUAAGCAGCUUAGCAAAUUGGCCACAAUGUACGGAGUGGAGACUUUGAAAAAUGUGUGUCAACUACUCAAUGCCAAUUCUUUGGAUGUUGAAGAAUUGACCAACUGUCUGAUACAGCUGUAAUCGCCGGUCGAUUAGACAUCAUUCUUUUAUUAAACGUUCUCUACGAUUCUCGUGUAUCAAUGUUGUUUUCAUACAGAAAUUCAUGGAAAAUCAUUGCAUAUAAUUCAUUUUUGCCUUUCUCUUUAUUGUUUUUUGGAUUUUUGUUUCAGUUUUUAGCAAAAAAAAAAAUCUUUUCCCAUCCCGUCAUCCGGUUUUAUACAUUUUACUCCGGAAUUCCGUUGCCGCGAUUUAUGUCGCAGUAGUAUCGCAGGUGUCAUUUGUCUCUGUAAUACAAAAUAAAAAUGUAACAUCCAUUUUUUCGCCUACCAUAUGCUUUUCACCUGAUAAUAGCAAUAUUUGAUUUUAAAAAUUAAAAUAGGUAUAGCCGGUAAUGUAAGGUUGGCUUUUAUCUAUCUGUGAUGGUU